GCCGCGGGGCCGGAGCGGGUCGUGCGCGCUGAGGAGGAGCCGCUGCUGCCGUCGCCGUCUCCGCCACCGCCGCCACCGCUACCGAGGCCGAGCGGAGCCGUUAGCGCCGCGCCGCCGCCGCCUCCCGCCCGCCCCGGAGCAGCCCCGGGCCCGCCCGCCCGCUUCCAGAUUUUUGAAAAAUACAAUGUCUAAUGGUUAUGAAGACCACAUGGCCGAAGACUGCAGGGGUGACAUCGGGAGAACGAAUUUGAUCGUCAACUACCUCCCUCAGAACAUGACCCAGGAUGAGUUACGAAGCCUGUUCAGCAGCAUUGGUGAAGUUGAAUCUGCAAAACUUAUUCGGGAUAAAGUAGCAGGACACAGCUUGGGCUAUGGCUUUGUCAACUACGUGACUGCAAAGGAUGCAGAGAGAGCAAUCAACACGCUGAAUGGCCUGAGGCUCCAAUCAAAAACCAUUAAGGUGUCGUACGCUCGUCCGAGCUCAGAGGUCAUCAAAGAUGCCAACUUGUACAUCAGUGGGCUCCCGCGGACCAUGACCCAGAAGGACGUAGAGGACAUGUUCUCUCGGUUUGGGCGGAUCAUCAACUCAAGGGUCCUCGUGGAUCAGACCACAGGUUUGUCCAGAGGGGUUGCGUUUAUCCGGUUUGACAAACGGUCGGAGGCAGAAGAGGCAAUUACCAGUUUCAAUGGUCAUAAACCCCCAGGUUCCUCUGAGCCCAUCACAGUGAAGUUUGCAGCCAAUCCCAACCAGAACAAAAAUGUGGCACUCCUCUCGCAGCUGUACCACUCGCCAGCGCGACGGUUUGGAGGCCCCGUUCACCACCAGGCGCAGAGAUUCAGGUUCUCCCCCAUGGGUGUCGAUCACAUGAGCGGGCUCUCUGGCGUCAACGUGCCCGGAAACGCCUCUUCGGGCUGGUGCAUUUUCAUCUACAACCUGGGGCAGGACGCCGAUGAGGGGAUCCUCUGGCAGAUGUUUGGGCCCUUUGGCGCCGUCACCAAUGUGAAAGUGAUCCGCGACUUCAACACCAACAAGUGCAAAGGGUUUGGCUUUGUGACCAUGACAAACUAUGAAGAAGCCGCGAUGGCCAUAGCCAGCCUGAAUGGCUACCGCCUGGGGGACAAGAUCUUACAGGUUUCCUUCAAAACCAACAAGUCCCACAAAUAACUCGCUCAUGCUUUUUUUUUGUACGGAAUAGAUAAUUAAGAGUGAAGGCGUUGAAACUUUUCUUGUUAGUGUACAACUCAUUUUGCGCCAAUUUUCACAAGUGUUUGUCUUUGUCUGAAUGAGAAGUGAGAAGGUUUUUAUACUCUGGGAUGCAACCGACAUGUUCAAAUGUUUGAAAUCCCACAAUGUUAGACCAAUCUUAAGUUUCGUAAGUUAUUUCCUUUAAGAUAUCUAUUAAACAGAAAUCUAAGUAGAACUGCAUUGACUAACCAGUCCCUCUGGAUGGUGGUGAACCUGAAGCAUGCUUUAACCUCUAAGACUGUCUAACACGCGUUUCAUUCAGUGUCUCCACAGACCGGGUAGCAAAAAAAAAAAAAAAAAAAAAAAAAAAAUCACCUUUUAGUUUUAGUUUUGAAUCUAAAGAUGUUAGACAGAUGCUGAGUGUGCGUUUUCUCAACCGCUUCACCAUUUUAAGCAAUGUGUAUGGUUUGGUUGACAGGAAGUUGCUUCUCCAAGCAGGUCCCGUUGCCACCUCCUGCUCACUCAGUCCCGGGCUCUGCCGAGUGGUCCUGGGAAUGGCGGCGGGCCUGUCCAGCGUGGGCCACCACUGGGGCUGGGGCCACAUGCCGGGCCAGGCCCUCCAAAGAAGGACACAAACGUGUUUUGUAAGCCCAGGCACCAAUGGGAACGGACCAAAGAGUUUCAGGGAAACUCCAGUAUAUUCCAGAGUCAGAUCUAAGCUCCAGGCACGCCUGAAGAUGUGUUGCUACUCUGACGCCCCGAGUUUCUGUCCACACAUUGCAUGCAUGGCGCCCCCCACAUUGGAUACUCUUGUUCACGACCAUUUCUCCCGUUUCUAAGAGCAUUUAACAUAGCUUGGAGGCGUAAGAUGGCUCUGUUUUUUAAUAACACAGAAACAUUUGAGCAUUGUAUUUCUCGCAUCCCUUCUCGUGAGCGCUUAGACCUUUUUCUAUUUUAGUCGGAUUUUGUUUUGAAAUUUUGCUUUUGUAUGAACACUCAGCAGAAAAGUACUUACUUCUUGCCAGUUAUCUAUUAACCAAAACCUUUGAUUUGUAGUUUUAAAGAUUAACCCUCAAAGUUCUCUUCAUAACUGCCUUGACAUUUUGGGUUGUUCUGUUCUGUUAAUUUUCUUUUGCUUUUUUGUGUUUUUUGUUUGUUUUUACUUUUGCAUUUAAGACCAUUAAAUUUGAUUUUGUUUUGCUCGAGUUUUGUUUUGUUUUUUAUUUUACCUUUUCUUUCUUUUUGGUUAGGGAAGGUGCAGACGGCCCAACAUUCAGGGAGGAGUCAUAAGAUCUUAAGAAACCAAUACUUGCCUCAAGCAAAAGCAUUUCUGAGUCUGUGACGCAGGAAUGUGCAGUCACAGACUAGUGGCUUUUAAACCGGGAGCCCGGAGGAAGGGGAAAAGAGAAAGCCUGUGAGAUAGGCAGGGCCAGAUCUCCCAAAACUCCUCAGGACUGGGAUCUGGUUUUUAUCAAUAACUAGUACAGAGAGAAUCAAAAACAGGAUAACUUAGUACCAGCAGUUUUUAACCUUGACGCAAGACUAAAACGUGACAUUAGGCUGUUUUUUUAGUAACUGCUAUCAUGAGAUGACGGCUGUAUUUAUCUGUUUAUUUAUGUCUAUUUAUUUAUUGAAGUGGGAAAUUGAGCAAUAGUCAGGCACCGCCAUCCCCAGAGCAGGUCAGCGUCCUGAGAGGCGCCUGUACAAUUGAGGAUGCCCAUCCCCUCCCCUUUCCCUGAUCUUUUACUGAGGGGCUGUGUGCCCGAUCCUUGCAAAUUGACGAUGUUGCCAUCCAUACCCAGGCCCUGUCUCAUAAAAGUCGGCCUGGUGCCACAGAGGACCUCCUUCCUCCCACAGAAUCCCAGAUACUCAGGAAAAGCCAGAACCGAGGCCUGUUUGCCUGGAUUCAACACAAAAGAAGGGUCCCUGCUCUGUUGUCCCAGAGCACUCUCCACCCUGGGACCAGAACAUUUUCCUGGAAAAAUAAGCCUUUCAGGUUUCCCCGGGCCAACAUCUUCUGAUGGAAGGUGGGAUUCCCGCUUCUGAAACUCGUCCUCGAGUCUCACUCCCCAACAUGCCUAUAGCUAGCAUUCAACAGAGAACUCUGUUUUAAGCUUCAACUGUGAAAAUGAUGACGGGCCUGUAGCCAGCACCUCAGCUUCUUUCCUCGCUCCCUUUUGUCUGAAUCCUAUCCAUUGUUCUGAUGCUGGGACAGGUGAGAAGAAACUGUGACAUGUAUGAGCCUUUGAAAGUUCCCUGAAGUUUCUCAGUUCAGGAACAUUCUCAUUUCAUGUGGUCUCCGCUCUGAACAGCCUUCUAGCUAAAAACAAACAAAAACAAUGCAUUUCCUUGGGAGUCACAAGCUUAUGGAAGGAUUUAGCUUUUGAACUGUCACUGCCGAAAAGCAAUCUUCAUUCCCAUCGAGGUUCUAGUUGCUGGCCCUGUGUCCUCAAAGUGCAUUACAUCUUAUCAGGACCUAUUUGCAAAGGGGAGAUCGCUUUUCUUAAAAGGCACAACCCAAAAGAAACCAUUUGUUAAAACAUUUUACAUAGAUCAGUCCUAUUUGUAUUUAGCAAAAAUGAGUGCUCUCCUUUUGUUUGGGAAUUUUGAAAAAGCGUUCAGAGUAGAUAAUGUUCGUUUAUCAAAAAUCUGGUUUGAUAAAUACCAAAGAGGCUUUGAUUGAAUUCUCUUUUGACCUGUGUAACUUCUGGUAGUUAGACCCCACGAAGCUCUGAAUUUAUGAACCUGCUUCUAAAUGAAUUCUCCCUUGUUCCCCUUGGCUCUGCCAUUACUUCAUUUUCAGUGUAAUUUGCCAAGCCACAGUUUUAUGUGCUGGCUGUGCCUCUAGUCACAGCUCUGUGACUGAUUUCCCUUCCGGGUGCUGAGUCCCCUCGCCAGCCACCAUCAUGCUUGAAUACCCUGAAAUUCAUGGGCUUCCUCGGGGGCCCGCCUGCAGGUGGUGCUGGGUGGGUUCCGCCACCUUCUCCUGGAAGGUGAGCCUUUCCCUGGCCAAGGGCAGCUGCCUUAACCUCUGAGAGUCUGCACUUGGCCUUAGUCCUGGAGACCCAGCCUCUAGGGACUGAACUGUGCUGCUGUCAGGAGCCAAGGCCGGCCCUUUGGAGCCGGCAGCCCCGGAGGUCCCUGCUGGAUCAGAGAAACAGAAGCACCGGAAGACGGUUAGUGGCAAUUCCUCUACCCGGUUUGCUUCCAAACCAGGGCCAUUUGUCCACCAGGCAUUGGAAAGACAUGACCUACCCAGUCCGGCAUCAGACUUGAAAAUUGAAAUUGACAUUCUUCAGCUGUUACAUUUCACAUCAGAUUCAGCCCGGUUUCAUUCCCAUGUGCUUUUCGCAGCCUUCCUGUGAUUGGAUGAAAAGAGAAUAAGAAUUCAGCUGACAGAAGGCCUCUAUCCCCCAUCCUUCCACUCACCCCUUGACCUCAGUCCCCUCCCAUCUUCCCCGACCUACCUCACCUACAGCUCCUUAGGAGAGACCCCCCAGGGUUCAGCAGACUCUGGGGCUGAGGGGGGUCCUGUCCCCAAACUUCCCAAGACAGCCCUGAAGUCACAAGUGCUUUCUUUUAAGUGGCAUUGGCAAUUGGCACGUUCUUAACAAUGGCAAUAGAACCUGAAUAUCGAAUCCCAGGCAGGGUUCACGUUUCCAAACCUUUUGAUUUUCCCCUGACCUCUGAUGACCGUAUCCUAUUUUUCUACAACCUUUCAGUGACAUAAUUCAAGGUUUUUUUUCUUGGCCAUUUAAAAAACUUUUUUAUUUUUCUCGCUUGUAAAUCACCGCCAGUACCUAAGGUAGGCUAACGGAGACUUUGACAGGACUGGAUUUUUCUUCCACCAGAAGGGAAGCCUUUUCUGUUGGUUUGGGGCCACCUCUUUGACCAUGACCACGUGAUGUUCCGUUUACAGUGACUUGCUUUGGGGGAGGGGGAGGCUCUCUUAACCGAUUCCCAUGUUGUACAGUAGAUGGUUAGACUUUUUGUAUAUUAGUGUGUUUUAAGUUAUUGAUUUGUUUUAUAUAAAAUAAUUUAUUUUUCAGGUGCCAUUUUUCAUUUUAACUUUGUUUUUACAUGGGUUUGUUUUCAAUAAAGUCUGACACUGGUGUCCAAAAGUCAACAAUAAAAUGAAUCCCAUUGUGUUCUUUUGAAGAUGCUUAUGUAACUUUUAAGCUUUUUAAAUUAUUUUCAGAAAAAAAAAAAGAAAAGCCCAUAUCAGUUUUCCAUCACCCCAUUGCCUUUUUAUUUUUUUUUUUUUAAUCCUUGUGAAUAAAUGUUCCUUAGUGUUUUAGGAGGAAAAAGCAAACCUAGAUUUUGAUAAACCCAGAAGACUUCAGAUUAAUAAAGAAGCUUUGAAAGAAGACCAUUUUUCAAAAUUUUAGUGAAGUGUGAAUAUUUUUUGUCAAUGGCUUUCUCAAAGAGAAUGAAACUUUUGCACCAUUUUCAGAGUUUUUAUAGAGAUGCCAAAUUGAUAUAUUUACAUGUAAUGGAAACAUGAAAAAGUUUUAUUAAACAAUUGUUCAUAGCUGUGUAGACAUUUUAAUUCAGUUUCCAAAGCUCUCAAAAAAGCGUAUUUUUGAAGUACGGAGUGAUGCGGUUUGGGGCGUGGCUUAUGGUUCCAAACGACUCAAUUGUCCGGAUACUCAGUUCUCUCUACAGGUAUCAGGUUCGUGUUAAACGCUGUAUGUUAACUAUGACUGGAAUUCUGUGAUAUUUUGGUAAUAAAUGAAGUGGGAUCAUUGA